CCACGUUCUGAAUCGUCUCUGUUAUACGCGUUCCUUCCGUGUCCGUUACAAUUUCCUUCUUUCUCUCUCUACAGGCUGUCUCUCUCUCUCUCUCUAGAAUUUAAACUGAAACGAAUAAACGAAUGCGAAAUGGGGGGAUGCGUUUCUGUUGGUCAAAGCGGGCGCGAAUCUUCGCCGACGGCGAAGAUCGUUACGGUUAACGGCGAUCUCCGGGAAUACAAUGUUCCGGUGAUGGCUUCGCAGGUCGUUGAAGCCGAAUCUGCUGCGGCUUCGUCUUCCUCCAGAUCAACUUCGUAUUUCAUCUGUAACUCCGAUUCUCUCUACUACGACGAUUUUAUCCCUGCGAUCGAAUCGGAUGAGGAGCUUCAGGCGGAUCAGAUCUACUUCGUCCUCCCGAUCUCCAGGCGUCAGAAGCCCCUCACGGCGUCGGACAUGGCGGCUCUCGCCGUGAAAGCCAGUGUUGCGAUCCAGAACGCCAACGAGAAGAAAUCUCGCCGCCGGAAGAAGGGACGGAUCUCGCCUGCGGUUGUGCUGAGUCAGCCGAGAGAAUCGAGCGGGACCGCCGUGAAAUCGACUAUUUACAAGGAAAUUCCGGCGAAUAAAACGAAGCCGACGAAGGUUUCCGGCGGUCUACCGAGAUCUGGUUCAUUCCGGAAAUUACAGAGAUAUACGUCCCGGCGAGCGAAGCUUGCGGUUCGUUCGUUCAGGCUGAGGCUCUCAACCAUUUACGAAGGCUCCGUUCUGUAGAUUCUUUUUGAACUUUCUUAUUUUUAAAUUUUUGGAGAGAGAAAUACAGAAAAAAUAAAUAUGUAAAAAACCGGAAUAAUUAUACAUUAUUUUUUGGGAGUUUAUUGUUACAUUUUCUUC